AUGGAUACCGUUUACGGCACAAAAAAAUACUUUCAGAGCCUAUCUGGUGCUAGUGACAUCUAUCGGACGCCGGCGUGUCGCGCAGUGUCCAAUGAUUACACCUACCAAAACACACUGGGUCGCCGUUCAACACUCGGCGCCUAUUAUCACAUGAACAAGCAACCUUCAUACACGAACGAACACAGUCAGUACGGCUACAAUGCGUGGGGUAUAUGGCGUGACGGCCGCAACAUAGCACCUUCGACUUUCUCCGCCAAAACGCACACCCACUAUCAAAAGCCGCGUUCAUUCUCCAUUAUACUUACGACAGCUGUAUUUAUUGUAUUACUCGCCGUGAUCUCAAUAGCCGGUUUGGCGUUCUACUUCAGUUCUGUGAAAGCGAAUUUGGAGGAUCCUGUGCUUGGUUUCGAUGGUUCGUUUCGUAUAGCGAAGGGUGAUCUCUUUUCGACGGGUCUAAAGUAUAACCACACGACUACUUACAAACAGAAAGUCGAAUUUUAUAAGCGCUUCAUUGAGCGCUCACUAAUGGAUAAUGGCUUGCAACCGCUGCGCGUGGACACGUGGGGCUUUGGUGAGGGUCCACUGAUAAAGGUGUCUUUUCGUACCUUCCUGGAUGUGAGGAAAUUGCCACAAAAUAUCCACAGCGUCGAAGACUAUAUAAAGGAAUCGCUCUUUCUGGAAACCACAGCUGCCAAGUCACUGUAUCGCUCUCUGCGCAUAGACGCCGAAUCGGUGGAGAUCAAACGUAUACUCGAUGAAUCUGUAGUGCGCUCAGCUUCACUUUUCAAGGAUGCUGCCCAACAACCCACUAGCCAGUCCCAGCUUGAGAAGCGACUUAUGAAGAAACCGAAUACACCCCCGCUGCUCUCAAAACCCGCCACUACUGCAAAAUCACGCACCACUUAUCGUCCACAUUCCAUAGACGAUGAACCAGACGUGGAUGUAGAGAAUGCGCCAGUCAUACAAGGUUCAUUUGAGGGUUCAUUCGAAAUCACGAAAACGGAUGCUGAUAUCUCGCGCAAGAAGGUGACUACGCCCACAAAAGCGUACACUAACUUACCACCAAAAGCGGUGACACCAUUCGCGUUGCGCGUGAAGCCGAAGAAGCCUGCCAUUGAGAAGCUAACUACCGUCAUACCGCAGAAUCAACCUUCAACGACGACAUUAACAGCGACAUCUACAAGAGGCACUAGCACCACUAAAAAGAUUACGACCGCUAGAGCAACCACGCCCACCACGUCAAAGGCGACGACAACAACAACUACAACGGAGAAACCGACCACAAGCACUACCAGCACCUCGAGCACGUCCACAACCACAACGACAACCACUACAACACCGCCAUCCACUACAACUACGACUACUAAAGCAUCGACUACUACAGCCGCACCUACAACCAUCAAACAAAUUACAUUCCCACCACCGACCGCUUUUACGCCUAAACAACAAUUUAGUUUGCCACCAAUGACCACACCGUCCGUUUCUUUGUCAGUGCCAAAAUUGGACGCAAGUCUCUUUACCUCCGUACCUGUGCUUGAUACUCAGCCAUGGCGUCCGAUACAUCGCGAAGUGCCUGAACUAAUACCUGGUCCACCACCCGCAUUCCCCACAAAAACAUUAGCCGGUGCGGAUAUGCCAUUGCCAGUGGUGCCACUUUCACCAGUUUUCAGAGCCGACAUGCCUACGCGACGCAUCGAUGAAUUCGAGUUGCCAUUUAUAUCGGAGAACCCUUCACCGCCAACACCACCUGCCUUUAAUCCAUAUGCACCCGGUUUCUUUGGUACUGCUGUACGCAAACCGGAGAUGAGUGCCGAAGCACCGAACCCACAAGAUAUGAUAUUCUAUCAUAGUUUCGGCAAUCCAGUUUUUAUGCCAGGCACGGAAGAUAUUGAGCGGCUAGGUGCGGGUGCACAUGUUAAACCACAUCCACUGCCAGUGCCGCUGAUUGAUGACGUAAUUGUGCCACCAUUCAAACCGCUGAUACCGGCUAAGGAGAAAGAAACGAUUGAAACCAAUGAUAAAUUUGAGCAUCUCGGUGGUGGUGUAAUCGUCAAGAAGCACGAAUUGGAGUUGGCGAAGGGAGAAGAGAAAUCCAAAACUAAAGUUAAUGUGGAAGCCAUAGAAAGUGAAACUGCAGUACCAAAAUUAACAGAGAAGGUUACAAGUACUACGUUUAGACCAAAGGUCAGCACACCGAAUAUCAAUCGCAUAGAAUCUAGCGCAAACUCCGAGUUGGCUGACACAAUCGGUGAAUUUUUCAUGGGACUGCUGAACUUACCUAAAGAAGAUACACACAAUGCUACGAAAGCGCCUGAGGAACCUAUUGAGUCGCGUGUUGAGCCUGAAGAGAAUAUCGAAGAGGCUGAAUCAGAACCUGAACCAGAAAUUAAAGCUGCCGAGCCGACUUUUUUGAAUAUCAAAGAGCUCAUUUUGAAACGCAAUCAGGCUAAGAAUCAAACGCGCAAUAUCGAGAAUAACAUAACUGGUCGGCCCACACCCACAACGGCACCACCAUCUACGACUACCACAACGACCACAGCGCCUUCCAGUACGACUUUCAAACCACCGGUAGCAAAUUGGAAUCGCUUACGGCCCGCAUACAAUCCGAAACCUUCUACAAUACUAGACGACUCAAAUCUCUUCCCCUCACAGUCCAAAUGGGAAUUUGUGAAUAGUUCAUCGACCAAUAGCUUCGGCCAUACGGGUAAUAUGCGUAAAGUAUUUAAUAAGACAUUGCAAGCGUGGAUAUCUGAGGAUGUGGGCAACGGCAAUACAGAGGAUAAUUUUACGCUGAAUGAUAUUAAGACACGCAUAAAUAAUGCAACCAACAUACAAGAUAUUUCGCUCAUCUUCGAUACACUGGCGUCCAAGCUGGGCAUUACGCCCAUUGUACCGACAAAAGUACCACCAUUCUCACAAAACAAGAUGAAACAUCCACAAGUCAUGAAUGUAAGCAGAACAAAAUUACCAACCUCAACCACAACCACAAGCACAAGCACAACAACAACCACAAUACGACCAAACCGACAUGAGCCAUUCAUCAAACCCAUGUCCAGCUUCAUGGAGGACACAUCGUCCGAGGGCAUUGGCGCAGCCAUACCAGUAGUGGGUGAGGCCGAGGUGGAGGUCAUCGACCCAAAUAAAUACGAGGAAAUGUUGAAGUCAUCACAGUUUGCGGCGGAUACAACUACGGAAACGGCACCACAAUUGGUGACGUUGCUGCCAGUGCGUUCCAACUCGGGCAUACGCACCUACAGGCCAACGCUGGACGAGUCCGAGGCGCGAAGCAAUGAUCAAUUGCCAGUGGCCAAGGUAGAGGCGGAGGCGGAGGCACAGCCAAUUGCAUUGGAGGUGGAAGGUACUGGUCAGGUUGAAGUCGUGCCGGAAGCAGUUGACGAGGCCACAGGAGCCGGGGCAGCAGAGCCAGUGGAAGCUGCAGCUGAAGCAGUGUCAACAACAUCAAAGAGACCGAGUAUUGUCAAUGUAUCACGACGAGGCGGCAGCGGUGGCGGGUUUUUCGCAGGCAUACAGAGGAAGAGCGAUAUUAGUCAGGCGAGAAGAUUUCCGCCAGCGGAGGCUGUUGUCAAAGGAGGGUUGCACGUAAAAGUGAAGUGAAGUGAAUGAAAGGCAAAAAAAUUGAAGUGAAUUGUGAAAAACGUAAGAAAUGAAGAAAUAACUUUGUUGGUGGAGAAAUAGCGUGCAUAUGCAUAAUUUUGGAAACUAUUUAAAGAAAAAGGCGAAAAUAAUUUUUAAAGCAAACGACAAGGAAUACACGAAAAGUGAAUUGUGGGCUAGAAAAUUUAAUGAAAAGUAUUUAGUCAAAUUAAGUGUGGAAAUUUGGGAUCAUAGCAAAUGUUUCCUAAGGGUAGCGCAUAUUUUCAAUACACAGCGUUUUUAGUAUUUACAACUUAGUCUGUACUGCAACAGGUUCUUGUUCACUAGUUGUUAGCUGUCAGGCUGCUUGACGGGAGACGUUUAACAAUUUUUGAAUGACAACAUUUAAUUUAUAAUGAAAUUCAGGUUUUGUAAUUUUUAGAUAAUAUUUCCUAGA